UGUAUUGAAUGUCAAUACAGAGUCAUAUAAUAUAAUAUAUUUUAGUGUAUAUUAUAUAAUGAUAUGAAUUUCGAUAUAAAACAACAAAACAGAUGUUUUGAUUAAUUUUUGAUUAUUUGUUUAUUUGACUCAUGUUUUCAAAAAUCAUAUGAAUUAACUGGUGAUUCAAUUAAUACCAUUAGUAUUGAAUGAAUGUAUAAUUUAUAGUAAUAUUUGUGACACAAUUGUUGACCAAUUGGUGUGUAUUUAAUGAAUGUUUAACUSAAGACAUUGUGACCAAUGGAUGACAAUCUUGUAAUCACUAUUUGAUGUGUUUAUCAGCAAUUGGUUUGAAGUCAACACUUGUUUGCAUUUAUUAUACGAUUAGACACACUAUCAGUGAUCACACCAUUGAAAUCAAGUUUUAUUAUAUCUGAAUUAUCUCAUUGGAUCAGAUGAUUGUUUGUCCAGCGAUGUCACACCGAAAACGACGCAAUUCAUCGACAAAGCUUUGUGACGGCUGUUCACAACCGAAACGACCAAAUCUGGUGAAACCAUCCGUUUUUAGCGAUGAUAAGGAUGCGCUACAAGAGUUGGCCGAUUGUGACUAUAGUAUCAAAAUAACGUUAGAAGAAGCAAAACAAGGUUUGGCUAAGAGACGCAUCCGAGUCUAUGCGGACGGCAUUUACGAUAUGUUUCACGCGGGACACGCCCGACAACUAUUGCAGGCCAAGAGUGCCUUUACUAACGUCUGGCUUAUUGUUGGCGUUAAUAGCGAUUAUUUAACAAAUAAAUACAAAGGGAAGACCGUAAUGAAUGAAACUGAAAGAUAUGAAGCGGUCAGACAUUGUCGAUAUGUGGAUGAAGUGGUUCGCGACGCUCCGUGGGUUAUCAAUGAAGAAUUCUUAGAGAAAUAUAAGAUUGAUUUUGUGGCUCACGAUGACAUUCCUUAUACAUCCAGUGAUUACGAUGAUGUCUACACAUUCAUCAAAGAGAAGGGAAUGUUUUACAUAACUGAAAGAACAGAAGGCAUUUCAACAUCAGAUUUGGUGUCACGAAUUGUUCGCGAUUAUGACCUCUAUGUCCGCCGCAAUCUGGCCCGAGGUUACUCAGCUAAAGAAUUGAAUGUUUCAUUUCUAAAUGAGAAGAAGUUUCUACUACAGAACAAAUUGGAUUCAUUGAAAGAUAAGGGAAAGUCAUUUCUGGAAAAUCUUGACGAAAAACGACACGAUUUGAUACAGACGUGGGAAGACAAGUCACGAGAAUUUAUUCAUAAUUUUCUUGAAUUGUUUGGACGCGAAGGAAGAAUUAAUAACUUUUGGAGCUCAAGUACAGAUAGAUUAAAGCGGGCUCUUUCACCCGUUCCCAGUCCAUCGUCAAGUCCUACCCAUAACGGUCGUAGUUCACCGCUUGCGAAGCACAUGCGUAUCCAUUCACCAGAAACUGUGGAAAGCAGUCAAUUCUCUGAUGAUAGCAGUGAUGACGAGAUCGACAAAUUUUAUAAGACUCAUAAACCCUCACUUGAAGAAGUUGGACAUUAAUGACAAUAUAAAUAAAAAUAGUUUAUAUUUUAACACAUUUUAACUAAUUUAAUGUCUUAUCCCAAAUAAUUUUACCAAAUUUAUGACUCAACAGUUGUAUAGGUCUAGUCUUUGAGCAAAAGGUAAAAUCUAAAUAUGUAUUAUCUAUUUAUUAUUGAUAAAAAAUAAUGUAUAAUAUA